AUGUCAGCAUGUGAAUCACAUGAUAAAAUAGCUCUAGUUUUUGUGCAAUUAACUAUUUUAACUUGUGUUGGUGCACAAGGUAAUAUUGAAUACAUAAUAUUGCAAGGAGACAGUCUUUACCUGAAUGUUCGAGAUAAUGGCAUAAAUACAGAUUAUUUAUUGCCAAGUGAUUUGCCAACUCAUGUAAUUUGUUCUGGGAAAAAAAAUACGCUCAAGAUUACUGACAUAGGAAUUGGUAAUUUAUUGCAAUUAGAAAAUGAUGUCAAUAUAUUCAGUACCAAAUCAAUUAAACAUGCUUUUGAUGAUGCAUUUAAGCUGUCUCCAACAUGUCUUUUAUGUAUAAAAGAUAGUUUUGUUGCAAUAUUUAUCUAUUCUAAAGUCAAUUAUGCACAAUUAACUCCACGUGAAAGUUGUUAUAAAAAUUUAAAGUUAAAGUGUCAUAUAUGUGGUCUACAAGCAAAAUCUUUAUUAGCUUAUGUUACUCAUUAUUCAUGCCACUGUCAUGAUGCAAACAUAUAUUUUCCUUGUGUCAACAAUUGCAACAGAAAUUUUAAAAGCUACUCUUCUUUCAAAAUAAAUGUAAAAACUGCUCAUAAUAAUCAAACAGUUAGUACACUUGCUUGGUCAAAAUUUCAAGACACUGAAAUAUUGUUUACAUGUGGCAUUACGUUAUGCAAACAAGUAUGUAAAGGAUUAAUUCAAUUUUUUAUUCACCUAAAAACUCAUAGUGACUCACAUGAUAAAAUUGUGUGUCCAUUUAUAAAAUGCAAUACAGUUCUUUAUAAUCGAAGUUCAUUAGCAUCUCACUGGACAAGAAAGCAUAAUAAUUGGGAUGCACGACAUAUAAAAUCAAUAUAUUUAACACUCAUUCCAGAUAUCCCAGAUAGUGUUAAUAAUGACAUCCAUGCAACAAUUUUAGAAAAUUACAAUCCACCUGAGUUGUGCCCUAGAGAAAGUUUAAAUAAAGGUAAAAGUAUUACAUUGGAAGACUAUGUGCAAUGUCAAGCAAUUUUUUUUUUUAAAUUACAAGUGAAACACAUUCUUCCAGUAUCAUGCAUUCAAAGCAUUGCAGAUGAGCUUGAAGUUGCUAAUAACUACAGUACUGAGUAUUUGUUGCAUACUCUAUCAUCUGCAACGUCAAGUCUUCCUAUCAAUGUUAGAGAUGAUGUUCUUAAAGAAUUAUUCAAUAUUGAACAUAAAAAAAAAGUUCUUUGCAUGUUUUGCGCAGUGUAAAAAGCAGGAAAACCUUUUACCAUAAAAGUAUGGCUUACAU